AAGCAUUAUUGACAUCCAGUUGGUGCAGAAACCAACCUAGUUGAGCUAAACCACAACGGACAGUGACUAACUUGGCCACAGGUGCGAAGGUGUCAUGAAAAUCCACACCUUCGACUUGAGUGUAGCCCUUGGCAACGAGACAGGCCUUGUAUCGUUCAAUGAUGCCGUCGGGGUUAUACUUGAUCCGAUACACCCACUUUGAAUCAAUGAGGCGUUUGUCAGGGGGUAACUGCACGAGUUCCCAAGUACCAUUGGCUUCAAGCGCGGUAACCUCUCACUGCAUGGCGUCGCACCAAUAUUUGUGAGCACGGCCUCAUGAAAAAAACGUGGUUCUGAUAAUCGUGAAAUAGCUGCAGUAGGCACACGAUGAUCAGAGGAUAAACGAGCAUAAUUAACCACAACAUUCAAAAGAUAUCUAACUAAGGAAACAUGACCUGAGUGUGAUGUGGGUAGCUGAACAUCAUAGUUAUCAACUACAUAACCAGGAGGUUUGCGGGAACGGAGCCCACGUCACGGCUCAGGAGGAGGAACGACAGGAGAGGCGGACGAGUUGGGAACAACCUCAUCAGGCGCGUCAGCAGCAGGUGGACAAGAGUGAGAGGGGUCUGGCGAAGUGCCAUCAGCGUCGGGUAGCUGCACCGGCGUGGGAAGCGAAAUCACUAGCUCAUCCUCGGUAUCUUCGAUGGCACCACGAGGAGCAGUGGCUGAAGCACAAAGAGGCGGAAGAAGCUCAUGGAAAGGAAACCGAUCUUCACAAAAAACAACAUCGCGUGAAGUAAAAAGCUUCUGCGUAGUUUAAUCCAUGACACGGUACCCUUUUUGUGUAACAGGAUAGCCUAGAAAAACACAUGUUCUCCCCCUUUCACCAAAUUUGUCCAAGUGUGAGGAUGUAUCCUUUGCAUAAGCGAGACAUCCAAAUGUACGGAUAUGACUGUACGAUGGCUGUUUUCCGAAAAUGCGCUCAUAGGGGGUAUGAUUUUCGGUGGCAACAGUAGGUAGCCUGUUGAUAAGGUAGACUGCAGUGAGAAGACAUUCGCCCCAGAACCGUAUAGGGAGAUUGGCAUGAAACCGCAAUGUUCGAGCAGUGUCGAGUAAAUGCUGGUGCUUCCUCUCUACCACACCAUUUUGCUGGGGGUGUGUUCACACAGAAAGUUUGGAGAACGAUACCCUCCUGUUCAUAGUAAUUAGUUAAGACCGUGGUCUAAAACUCAAACCCAUUAUUAGCCUUAAUACAACGAACACGUUUCCCAAACUGCCGCACUACCUGUUGACAGAACAUUUGCAGAUAACGACCAGCCUCAGACUUAUAGCGCAAGAGAUAAACCCAAGUUCCACCCCAAAUAUCAAUAUGAAUCAUCUCAAAAAUAUCCUUUGUUCUGAUAGAGCUAGAAUGAAAAGGGGUUCUAGUUUGUUUAGCUCGCAAACAGGACGAGCAAUAAGGAUCUUGGCCCAUUGAAAUAUUUCUUGGGUGUUGAGGUCUCUCGUUUCCGGCAAGGCAUUGUGCUAACCCAGAGAAAAUUUGCCUUGGACAUUCUCGCCGAUUCCGGUGUCUAGGCGGCUCGGCCUUGUUCGUUCCCCAUCGAACAAAAUCAUCGUCUAAAUACAUUUGAAGGUGCCCCUGCCACCGACCCCUCGUCCAAUCGGACACUGUGUAUGCAGUCAAUGUUCUUAGCCAGGCGGUCCACGAUCCCCGUCAAGCUCAUGUUGAUGCUGCCCAUCGUGUACUUCGCUACUUAAAAGGUUCUCCUGAGCAAGGUUUGUUUCUUCCUUCUACUAGUUCUCUAAACCUCACAGCAUUCUGUGAUGCAGAUUGGGGUGGUUGUCAGCAGACUAGAAGCUCAACCACCGGUUAUUUCAUUCAACUCGGUGCCAGCCCCAUCUCCUGGCGGACAAAGAAACAAACUGUUGUGGUGCGAUCUUCUGCAAAGGCUGAAUAUCGUGCUAUGGCUAGCACGGUUAGUGAGAUCAUUUGACUGCGUUACCUGUUUCAGGAGCUUGGCGUGGACAUGGCUGCUCCCACUUCCUUAUACUGUGAUGAUGACUCGGUAUUUGCACAUGUUUUCCCCUUUGUUUCUUGAUUGUUUGAGCUUGAAUUAUUGCGUCUUCGGCCUAUUUUAUGCUAGGUUGUAUUCCUUUGUCCCAUUUCAGGUCCUAGCACAUAAAGUGAAGCAUAGGCGCAAGUUUCAAGUCAAUCAGAGAUCAAUUGACGAUUCGAGAGAAGAAACUCGGGCAUGACCUGAAGAAGAAUGGAUUUCUACCUCACUUUAUGGACAAAGAAUCAUGCAAGCUUGUUAUGAAACGAAAGAGGACGAGACUACGAGCGUCUGGGAUCAAACGGCAAUUGAUUCGGAGUCCGGACGAGGGAGAAACGAAGCAUUAAACAGAGGCUGAGCAAGCUGCACGGGCAGACCAGGGAGGCUGCACGGCCGUGCACGUGAGCAAUAUGGCCGUGCGCCUUAUGCCGAGGACACGCACGGGCAACCCCUGAAGCUCGCACGGCCGUGCACCCUGGCCGUGCGAGAGGGCUGAAGUUCGACUAAAUGACACGCUGCGUU